AAACAAAAUGGCUGCUGAAAUCAAACCCACUAACAAAAGUGGGAAUGGAAAUGUUCGAAAACCUGUGUUAAUAAACAAAAUAGAAGGUUUUCAAGAUGAGGUUAACAUGGCUUGUAUUGUUCCACGAGAAGAGGGCGUUAUUUCAGUCAGUGAUGACAAAACUGUACGUGUAUGGCUAAGGAGAGAUACAGGGCAAUACUGGCCCAGCAUUUGUCAUACAAUGCCAGCUGCAGCCUCUAGUAUGGUGUACAAUGGGGAGACAAGAAGAUUGUUUGUAGGACUUGACAAUGGAACUAUAUCUGAGUUUUUGGUGUCAGAGGAUUACAACAGAAUGACACUGACUAGAGAUUAUCUUGCUCAUCAGAACAGAGUUACAAGUAUGCAGUUCACAUUACAACGAGAGUGGUUGUUAAGUUGUGGCCGUGACAAAUAUUUCCAAUGGCAUUGUUCGGAAACUGGGCGCCGGCUAGGAGGGUACCAGGCCUCAGCCUGGUGCUUGUGUUUAGAAUUUGAUGAGCAGUCUAAUUAUGUAUUUGUUGGAGAUUAUUCUGGACAGAUCUCAGUGCUGAAAAUCAGUAACCAAACCUUUAACUUGAUAACUACACUGAAAGGACACUCUGGAAGUGUACGUAGUUUAGCAUGGGAUGUCAGUAGAAGUUUGUUAUUCUCUGGAAGUUACGAUCAGUCAGUGAUUGUCUGGGAUAUAGGUGGUCGUCAAGGAACAGCAUUUGAAUUACAGGGUCAUCGUGACCGAGUACAAGCCCUUGUGUACACUGCAGCCUCUAAGCAACUUUUAUCAACAGCUGAUGAUAAAAUUAUAGGCCUUUGGGAUAUGGCAACCAAACGGAUUGAGACCCCAGAGUGGGCAGAGAAUGACCAUUGUCAGAAAUGUGAGAAACCCUUCUUCUGGAACUUCAGAAAAAUGUGGGAAGAGAAAACUAUAGGCAUUAGACAGCAUCAUUGUAGGAAAUGUGGUAAAGCAGUAUGUGAAAAGUGUAGUAAUAAGAAAUCAACGAUACCUCCCAUGGGUUAUGAGUAUGAUGUGCGUGUCUGUGAUGAUUGUUAUGAGAAGAUUACUGAUGAAGAACGAGCUCCGUUAGCCACAUUCCACGAUGCCAAACAUGCAGUCAUCUACAUGUAUUUAGAAGAAACUAGAAAACGUUUAUUAACUGUUGGAAGAGAUAAAGUUAUAAAGAUAUGGGACCUGAGCAGUGUAUUGCAUUAGGAAAUGAUCAACUAUAGGGUAUAACUGUCACCAACUCUGUCGUCAAGGAGACACAAGCAGAACAACAAAUUUCAAAGGUCAAGUCACAAGUCACUCAGCAGACAUCACAUAGCUGGUGGAAGGCACAUUUUUGUCUUGGUUGUAAAUUUGUAGAUUUUUGAAAAAAGUGAGGAUCAAAAAUUAGUAUGUGAAAUAGAGGAUUUUUAGAUUUCAUGGAUAUUGUUAUUUUUAUGUGGUAUUUGAGAAUCAUUUUAAGCAAAGCCAUUUAGAUUUGCGCCUUCGGGAAACAGCAGUUAUGAAGUUGCAAAAGAUUGGUGCAUUUUCAUGUUUUGAAAACAUUAAUUUUCUCAAACUAGUGUCUGUAUUUUUGAGCAUAGAAGAGUUAAGAAAGAAGUCAAACACAUGACAUACAGUACAACUUCUCAAAUAUGAACUGUGGAAGAAAGACUAAAAUAUCUUAUUGUACAGAGGAUGGUGCUUUUAAAAAGUUAAUCUACUUAAGUUCUAUGUAAUGAAAUAUCUGUCUUUUUAGAGAAGCUUGCUCCAUGGUGGUGUUGUUAAGAGAGGUUAUACUGCAUGGCAUUGUCAAUUUUUUAUUAUUGACACAAAUGAGGUACUAUUCUCAGUGUUUAUAUCAUUUUCUUUAGAAGUCAUGUUUUAUGCAUAGUGUGGUCCAUAUCAAUUUUCAGAUUUUCUAGAACAAAAAGGGAACAACUUUUUAAAUGGAAUGCAGUUUGUUUGUUCAUUACCAUCAGUCACUGCCAUUAAUUUGAACAAUUGACACAUAUUACAAAAGGAAUGAAAAUGUAUCAAUAAAAACACUUACCAUAUUCACCAAUAUAAGUGCUCCCUUCCCUAAUAAACCACACACUCCUGUAGUUAUGGGGGAAAUGCUAUAAGUAAAUGCUGGAAGUUUUAUAAUUGUUGAUAUUCAUUAGUAGCUGAAUUUAUUUAAUAGUUUCUUCAAAAUAAAGGAAACAUUUUGGUCCCCGAAUAGUCAAUCCCCUUUUGCACAUGCAAAGCCCCCAUAGGCAUUUACCUGGUGAUAAACUUUAAGAAUUUUUAUCAACAGCUCCAGUUUACUUUAUAACAAAUACACAUACCUGUUUGUUUGAUUUUAAGAUAUUUUAAAGUCACAACCAGUAACCCAUAUGGGUGACUCCCGCUGAGGACUUUAGAAUGCCAGGUAUAAAACACCCAUACAUAGGACUUGUUGCUUUUAUUUAGUUGGAAGAGCAUGGGCUCGGACUUAUGACCAUGAUUGCAGACAUUGCUUGCACUGGAUCACUGCCUUCGCUCUUCAUACAUGCCUGUAGCUAUGAACUUGAUUUAUGAAUGUUUUAAACCCAAAUUUGACUUUUGUCAUUGGUCAGUUUCAAGACUUGAGCCCAGAAUCCACCAGUCAGAUGCCAGUUUGUAGACUGGUCCCCAGCCUUGAAUCCUACUAUUUUUUGCUUUCAAGAUAUAAAGAUACAUCAUGUAUUGUAAAAUGUUAGUGUCCCCGAUGUAUGUGUAAGAAAUGUUUGCCUAUUAUUGUGUGGUCUGGGAAGUAAUUUAGAGCUACAGCAUUUUAAUAUAAAUGCAUUUCCUCCCCCACCCCACCCACCAUUACCUUGGAAAUAUGAAGACAAAAAUUGUAGAUCUAACAAGAAUUGCUCAGAUUGAAGAAAUUUGUGAAGACUUGGACAUUUAAAGCAAAUCCUAUCAGUGCACUUACGUUAGAUAUAUGGAGGUAAAAGUUAAAAAAAGUUAAGUCCUUUUGCUGCAAUUCAUUUGCUAUGGUUACAGCAGAUAGGUAUAGUUUAGGUAGAAGUUUAUACAUACAUAUGAAGUCAUUACACAUAGUAAGUUUGACUGAAUUUUCUUUUUGGCAUUUUAUUCACAUGUUUAUGGUAGCUGAGUUUUAACUGUAAAUAGAACACCUAACAUCCAACUGCCAAUUUUUUAUGUAAUGUGAAUACCAUCUUCUUGAUCAGUCCACAAAAUUAAAUCCCAGUGAACAAAUGAAAUUUCCUCCUCAUUAUUUCCUCAGAUGUUAUAAUCAGCGUACUCUUAUUCCAAGCAAACAGUUGUUUUUUUUUCCAAAAUCAUAGAAUGUUAUACCUGCAACAGUUAUUUUAAGUAAUGAUAUUUGUAUUUUAUGAAGUGAAAACAAAAUUCCCUAUAUUUAUGUACAAAUCAAGGAAAAGGAUUUAUGUUUGCAAAAUGGUUCUUUCAUUUUAACUUCAUUUGUAAAGUCUUAGUUUUACAAUAGCAUCUCUUGCAUUGUAGAUAAUCUUUUUUGCUAUAUUUUUUCCUAUAAUCUUGUAUUUUAGCUGUGAGACAUUGAUAGAGUAGCUGGAGUGCAUUCUUUCUCUUUAACUGUGAUAUGGGAACAAAAAUUGUGUGCUAUGUAUGAUUAAAAAUUUUGAAACCUUUUUUUUUUAACUUUUAUUUUACAAAUAGUUGAUGUGUUCUAUCUGAAGCAUGGUAAAUUGCAAGUUUCUGUGAUGCCUUUCUUGAGUGGUAUGUUAAAAAUGAAAUGAAAAUUUAUGUGAGCAGGUCUCCUGUGUGUAUACAUAUAUGCCAUGGUAAAUACACACUCAAUGUUCGAUUCACCUUGUAUUUUACUUUAUUCUA